AUCAAUGGCAAUGAAAAUAUUUUGUUGACACUCAGAUAUACGCUGCAGCAAAAUGGUGAUGCUAGUAGAGUUACAGGCCACAUGUAGUGCCCUUGGUUACCAGGAAGGGAAGAAGUAUGUCAAGGAACCAGACUGUUUAGAGACAAUCAAAGAUCUCAUUCGUUUCUUGAAAAGAGAAGAUGAGACAUGUAACAUAAGGAGACAGCUGGGGGAAGGCUGUAUUCUACAGAAGGACAUUGUCCCUAUAUUGAAGCAGUAUCACACAGACAGGGUACUGUUUGAGGCUGUCAUCAGGUUAUUGGUUAACUUGACCCAGCCAGCUGUUUUGUGCUUCAAUAACCAUAUCCCAGAAGACAAGACACUGAGGAAUCAUUACCUGGAGAUUGAAUCCAUGCUUCAGGAUUACAAGGAGGUUUUUGUGGAUGAAGAAUUAUUUGGAGUUUUGACAAGAAAACUAGGAGAUCUUUUAAAAUUGGACUGGGAACAUCGCCAAGAGGAGGACAGAUUGCUUAUAGAGAGGAUGUUAAUCCUCAUUAGAAAUGUCCUCCAUGUUCCUCCGAACAUGGAGCGUGAACAAAGGACAGAUGAUGAUGCCAGUGUCCAUGAUCAGAUUAUUUGGGCCAUCCAUCGCAGUGGUUUGGAAGAUCUCCUUCUGUACAUUGCCAGCUCAGAGGAUGAAAGAAAUUUCUCAAUGCAUGUCUUGGAGAUUGUGUCUCUCAUGUUCAGGGAACAGACUCCAGAUAUGUUGGCAACUGCAGGGGUGAGCAGGUCAAUGACAGAGAAAGAAAAGGAUGAGAGGGAGCUUCAGAUGGUUUUAGAGCAGGAAAAAGCCCAGAAGAGAGCCAACAUGAGGAAAUUUAGCACUAGACAUUCUCGUUUUGGGGGAACUUACGUAGUUCAGAAUAUGAAGUCAAUCAGCGACAGGGAUGUCAUCUUCCACAAAAACCAGAAAGACGUUUCUAACCUUACAUUUGACAUCAACAAGAAACCUAAGAAGAUAGCCAAAAAUCGUCAGCCAAUCAAAGAUCAGGAAGUUACGAGGCGAUCAACCCUGAGCAUUCGAUUGGGUCUGAAGGAAUUCUGUGUCCAGUUUCUAGAGAGUUGUUAUAAUCCACUGAUGUACGCUGUCAAGGAUAUUCUAAACAGAGAGAAGGCCCAGGAUCAUGAUGAGACUUAUUAUUUAUGGUCCAUGAGGUUCUUCAUGGAGUUCUGCCGACUACACAGCAAACAGGUGGAACUUGUUAGUGAGACCAUGUCUGUGCCCACCUUCCACUACAUCCAGGUACAACUAUUCCAGUACUAUGAGAUGAUUAUGAUGGAGAAGAAAGAGGCCAAAACCUGGGCUAAAAGGGUACACCUUGCUCUGAAGGCUUACCAGGAAUUACUUAUGACCUUGGACUCCAUGGACAGGUCAGGCAAUAGUCAGCUGAUGGAGAGUGCAAAGGUCAUUAAAAGUAAUAUAUUUUACAUGAUGGAGUUCCGAGAUACUUUCUUAACGUUAUUGAGGAAGUUUAAUGAAAGCACUCAAUCAAGAACAUACCUGAAGGAUCUAGUGGAAUCAACCCAUCUUUUUCUGAAGAUGCUGGAAAAAAUGACAAAAGGAAAUUCCCAUCUUGUUGUUCAAAAGAAGAAAAACAAAAGGAAAAAGAAAUCAAAACCAAGAGCUGCCCCAGACCUACCAAGGGAGCCUACUCCAGAAGAGCUGGAGGACAAAUGGGAUGAUAUUUCUGGAGAGUUAUCUUCCUUGAUUCAGGGAAGAGGAGAACUGCCAGCUGAUGUCUCUCCUUUUGAUGCUGCAUCAGAAGUGGAUAUUGACCAACAGAGGGUUGAUGCCAUGGUUCGUAUUCAGGAUGCAUUGAGAGAUAAACUCCCUGGAGAAGCACUUGCUCUACUGAGGGCAGCAAGAGAGGUGUGGCCAGAGAGAGACCAGUUCGGAGCAGCAGACAUUGGACCAGAGGAGGAGUUCAUGGCAGUGAGGGAAAUCUUCAUGUCUACCUUACCUAGACCAGCACCAGAGCCAUCUGCAGAGCUUCUGGAAGAAGACCAACAGGAGGAUGAAAUUGAAGAAGAAGAAAUGACUGCUAUAGAGUGCUCUGAGCAGGAAUUCAACUUUAAAGAAUUUCUUGCAAAGUUUGGUAAACCAGAAAUCCUCAAAUCUUAUGUCCUGUUACUGGCGGACUUUCAGAAAAACUCUGUCCACACGAACCACUGCGUCAUUAAGAUGCUUCACCGACUGAGUGUGGACCUGGGCUUUGUGGGAAUGAUGUUCCAGGCCUCGUUGUUCAGAGUGUUUCAGAAAAUCUUGUUGUCUCCCCUGGCUAAAACAGAGAGAUACAAAGAAAUAGCUAAGUUUGCCACCUUCGUAAUCAGACGCUUUGUUGAGGUUGCUGAGAAAAACAAGAAAGUGUUCAUGGAAAUGCUGUUUUGGAAGGGACACAGGGAAGCCUCAGAGAUUGUGGAUGGUUAUGGGUCUUAUCAGGGAAAAGUAAAGCAAGUUUGGACUGAAGAUCAGGAAAUUGAAUUACGACGAUUAUUUGAAGAACAUAGCACUGCAGAGGAAGGGGAUGUACUUGACAACAUUAUGAGGGACAUGAGUGACCAUUCAAAAACGAGAGGUCAAAUUAUAAGGGAACUGAAGAAACAGGGACUUAUAGAGAGUGCUAAAGACCUCAAACGUCAGACAGGCCAAAAAAGAGUAGUGGGUUGGAACGAGGAACAAGAAUUUGAACUGAGAAAUUUAUUUGACAGAUACAAAGACACUGAUGACCCAGUAGAAAACAUAAUAUCCAACAUGACAGAGAAAAGAAGCAAGGCCAAGGUUAUUGAGAAGCUGUUGUCUCAGGAACUAGUGUCUGACAGGAAGGAGCUGUAUAAAAGAAGGAAACGUAAAUCAAAACCCAAGAAUCCCUGGGAUGCUGGAGAAGAGGAUAUGCCUAUUGUUGAUGAUUGGAGUGAUGAGAGUGGAGAUGAGGGGUCAAAACACAGGGACUCCAGUGAUGAGUCAUCUGCCCUUUCUACAUCUGAGGAUGAAGACAGUGAUGCAGAGGAGGAGACAAAUGAAGAAGAAAAGAGUUCAGGUUCUAAUGAAAUCAACAUGACCACCGUUAUUACUGAACUCAUAGACAAAGGAUACAAGGACCAAAUUCUAUGGAUUCAAAGGUGUAUCAAAAGAAAGGCUGACGAUAAAGAGAAGAAAGAUAAUACAGUGGCAGCAGCAGUUGUCCCACUGACUGAGGAAAAUGAGACAGCAAUGGAAGAUGAGAUGUUUUUAUCAUUCCUCCGCCAUAUUGGAAUCUCAGCACCAUCUAGUGAACAAGAAGCUUUCUGGAGAAUCCCUGGAGAGAUGCCCUUAGCAGAGCUUAGAGAUAUAGAGGCAGGAUUAACAUUAGACGAUGAUGGUAAGCCUGUAGAGGCAGAUAGAAUUAAAGUCAGACAGACAACAACAGCCAAUCCAGGGAAAAAAACGAAAAAGAAGAAGGAAAAGAAACCAAAGAAGAAGAAUAAGUUUGAGAAUUUGCUGAAGCAGAUGGCAGAAAAGAGGAAACAGGAUAAAGAGGGAGGUCGACUUGGAAGGAGAGAACGGAAAAGGGCCUCUCCACCUUCCAGCAAUGCGAUCACAGAGGGGCCAAGCACUUCAGUGACAAGCCCAGUAAGGGCUGAAGUGUUAGCGCCACCUAGAUCUACAGAGAAAAAGGGAGUUUACUCCUCCAGCAAGAAAAGGAGAAUUAAGAGGCUUUUGGACUCAGACAGUGAAAAAAGUGAAGAUGAAAAAGAGAACCAAAGCCCUGCAAGCUCACCAGAGAGAGAGGAGAGGUCUCAGACCCAGCCUCUACAGUUUGACAGCAGUGAUGAUGAUGAUGUUCCUCUGGUGACCACAGUAAAGAGGACGAGAACUUCAGACUCUGAUUCCAACCCAGAUAGUAAAAAGAGGAAGCUGAUGAUCGCUUCAGAUGAUGAGUCAUCUGAGGAAAAGAUGACAGAUAGUGAGGGUAAGAAAAAAAUAUCACCUGUGAAGCCAAAACUGUCAUUUGAUUCUGAUGAUGAUUCUCAGCCAGGACCAUUAAACAGUAAGGAAUCUAAAUCAGCCUCUAAACGUCUUAUUAUGUCAGACAGUGAAGAGGAGGAAAUGGAGCAACCUCCUAAAAAGUCAGCUUCUUUCCCUGCAACCUUACUGACACAGCCUCCUGAUGACUCGGAUUCUGAUCUUGACGAUCAUGUACCUCUACGACAAGUUCUCCGGAAGAAAAAUGUCAUCUCCAGUGAUGAGGAAGGCUGAUAUGUUUUCUUUAAAUAGCACUGCUUGCCGUAUAUAUUAUGUUGUACCUGUUUUAUGUCAGAUCUGCAGGAUAGCAGUGACAUCCUGUUUGACUAUGUAAAGUAUAAUAAGCUUAUACAAUGGAAUGGUAUAAUAAGCUUAUACAAUGGAAUGGAUACGUUAUAUCAUGUACAAAUACAGAUUAAAAGUGUAUGUUUAAUUUAUAUUGCUUUAUGCUUAAAGAAGCUAAUAUGUGGAUUCAAUAAACAAUCAGUAUUGA